UGGCAACAUUUAUCUAAAAUGUCAUUCACCGACAACAAUUAAAAAUGUCGGAAUCGUGUCAAGAAACUAAUAAUUGUCAUGGAAAUAUCGAAUAUGGACCCGACGAAUCGCCCACCAAACUUAUCAUCAAUUACAUUCCUGAAGUUAUGACCCAGGAUAUGAUGUUUUCGUUAUUUUCAACCAUGGGUAAACUAGAAAGUUGCAAACUGAUAGCGAACCGAGGGUACGGGUUCGUCGAGUACAGCUCCCCCGAGGAUGCAAUCAAGGCGAAGAAGGCGUUCAACGGGCUGCUAAUGCAGAACAAGACACUGAAGGUAUCGCACGCGCUGCUGAACCCCGAAGCGAAGCCUCCGACGAAGCCGGAAGCCGACUGGAACCUGUACGUGUGCAACCUUCCCAACGAGCUCACGCUUCAAGACCUGCACGGGUUGUUCGCGCAGUUCGGCAAGAUAGUGAACUCGCGCAUCGCCGCCGGCAUCGCCUUCGUGCUGUACGAGCACCAGUACGAGGCAGAGCGAGCCAUCCAGAACAUCAACGGCUCAACUCCUCCAGGCUUUUUACACCCUUUGACUGUUAAGUACGCUAAUAAGAGUAACCCUCAUAAAUCUAAACCUAAUAAUAAUCACUUUUCUAAGAGCGCCUUAGUAAAACCUUAUCAAUGGAUGAACCAUAUGGGUGCUAUGGGUGACCAUAACUCGCCAAGCACAUGGUCCAUCUAUGUUUACAACAUUUCCCCAGAGGUUGAAGAACUGACUUUAUGGCAGCUGUUUGGGCCUUAUGGUGCUAUUGUAUCUGUUAAAAUUAUUAAGGACCAUCAGACUAAUAAGAGUAAAGGCUUUGGUUUUGUUACUAUGAGGAAUUAUGACCAAGCCGCGAUGGCAAUCCAAGCUCUGAAUGGCUAUGUGUUAUCAUCGCAGGCCUUGUCUGUUAGCUUUAAAACCCAAAAGAGAUAAUGUCAAUCAUAUUGUACAAUAAAGUAAUAUAUCAAUACAGUAAUAAUAGACAAAACAAUGAUCAUAAAUUGGCAUGAACUAACACGGCAUAACACGGAUCCACUUCAGUGUACACUUUGACUAAAUAUGUUAUGUGAGCUCUUGUUGAAAAUAUUUUAUUACUUUGAGCUAUUCUGCAUUGUUAAGUUUGUUUCUUAUUAUGAAUAACUAUUUAUUCAGUUUGCUCGUUAAAUAUUUCAAGUUUACUAGAAAUUUAAGAUUUUAAAAGAAAUGAUUGUUGUUUGUAAGUUCAUAAUUUGAGCUUAGCAUAUGAUGAUAUGCUUUCAUUAUUUUUAACUAUUGUUUAAGUAUUGUAAUAAAGAAUGAAAAGUGCUUUUAAAGAUCUUACUAAGUUGUAAGCCUCACUGAGAUGUUUAAUCAGCUAUUAGUUCUAGUUGUACACUUUUUAUAACAUGAUGUCUAUUAGGUAGUGGAAAUGAAAUCUAGAUUAUAUCAUAUUUAUACAUUUAGUAUAAAAUUUGCUGAAUUAAAAGUUCAUUUUCACAAUUUUA